GAGCUGGGCCGCAUCGCUCCGUGGCUGCAGAUGAAGCAUGGCAGGCGACAGCGACACAAAGACAGGUGACAAAGCCCGCGAUGAGAGCUCCAACUGGCAUCCUUUCCUCAUCGGGGUGGCCGGAGGCACAGCCAGCGGCAAGUCUUCGGUGUGCGGCAAAAUCAUGGAGAUGCUGGGACAGAAUGAGAUUGACCACCACCAGAGGCAAGUGGCCAUCCUCAGCCAGGACAGCUUCUACAGGGUCCUCACCCCAGAGCAGAAGGCCAAAGCACUAAAGGGCCAGUUCAACUUCGACCACCCAGAUGCAUUCGACAACGACCUCAUAAUCACAACUCUGUGGGACAUCAAAGAGGGAAAAACCGUACACAUCCCUGUUUAUGACUUUGUUUCCCAUUCCAGGAAGGAGGAGACUGUGAAGGUGUACCCUGCUGAUGUGGUGCUGUUUGAGGGUAUCCUGACGUUCUACUCGCAGGAGAUUCGAGACCUCUUCCAAAUGAAGCUGUUUGUGGACACUGAUGCAGACACACGUUUGUCUCGUAGGGUGCUGCGGGAUAUUAGUGAACGUGGUCGGGACCUGGAGAGCGUUCUCGCACAGUACAUCAACUUUGUCAAGCCCGCGUUCGAGGAGUUCUGUCUGCCGACAAAGAAAUACGCAGAUGUUAUCAUACCAAGAGGAGCUGAUAAUAAUGUUGCUAUAAAUCUCAUAGUGCAACACAUUCAGGAUAUUCUUAAUGAUGGUUUGACCAAGCGGCUGAACGGGUGGUUUAAUGGUUACGGAACAACGAAGAGCCAACCAAACAUGGAGUCCAGCAGUCGGCCUCACUGAGCACAGUGCUGUGCAGAGGAGGAAGAGUUUCACCUGCACGUGGCGAGUGUGCUCUUCAUUGUGGCCAACAACACAGGAGUAACUUCCAGGACACCAGAAGGCAUGCUUUUUAUGUGAUUACGCUCAGAUUGAGGAAGAAAACAUUUUGCCCAUGGUGGAUAUGAUGUAAAGCAGUUGAUUUCAUUUUAGUUUGUCUCUUUACUUAUUCUAUAAGAUAUAAGAGGGAGAAAUUCACAUGGGCUUAUUUAGAAUUUAAUUCAAAACUGAUGCUUGCCUUUACCACUGCGCUGAAACAGAGACACUCAAGAAACUGCUAUUAUGUCUAAAAAAAUGUUUAAUCCUAGCACUUGACAGCCUUUAGCCACACAAUAGAUGUGGUGUAGCAACAUGAUGUUAAACAGCAGGGCCUUAGCUUGUCUCACUCAGUUGAAAGAUCACUGUGUGACCGGACUUAUUUCCUUUAUUGAUGCAACUUUUUUUUUCUUUUAUUAAAAGCUCCAUUAUGAAGCAUAUUUUGACUUCUACAUUUUUAACUUUAAACUAAUAGGUUAAGCCUUCAGGUGUGUGUCAUGUGGCCCCUGAGCUGUACUUGUUCUGUCAUGUGGAAAAACAACUUAUUAGACUAAUUUAACAACCGGUUUGCACCUCAAGUGAUGUUAUGUGUGACAUCCUCUCCAAAGAUAAUUUUUCAUUCUGUCCUUUUGAA